AUGUGCCGAGCAGAACCUGCAAAAGCUAAAAUCAUUAAAGAUUGCUUAGACAAAUAUUACAGCUGGUUAGGACAGGCUCUUAAUGCAGAUAAGUCCAAUAUUCUCUUCUCCAAAUCCACCCCCAGAUUUGAUAGGAGGUUAAUUAAAGACACCUUAGGAUUCAAGGAUAUGGGAAGUAAAGCUAUUUACCUUGGCAACUCCUUAGUGUUGGGAAGAAAAAAGUCAAAAGAGUUCUUUAGACUCAAAGAAAAAUGGAAGUCUAAUCUUAAAACCUCGGGUUACUUGGCUCUGAAAGCGUGGAAGGAUAUCUGCAAGCCUAAGGACCUGGGUGGCCUGGGAUUUAGAAGGUUUAAAGAUAUGAAUUUGUCUUUACUAGCCAAAAUUGGUUGGAAGUUGGCCAAUGGGGAGGAUUGCUUAUGGACACAGACUCUUAGAGUGAAAUAUCUUCAGAAUUCUACCUUCUUUGGCUAUAAGGAGAAGAAAGGGGCUCCAAGUGUUUGGCAAGGCUUGACCAAGGUUCGAAAAAUCCUUCGCAAAGGUUCUUGCUACCACUUAGGAGAUGGGUCUUCCAUUGAUAUAUGGCAGGAUCCUUAG